UGCUACCGAGCUCGUGUUUUGUGAAUUUUAAUCGAAUCUCGUGCGAUUGAUUUAUUAUUUUUCCAUUUAUUUAAUGGUACUCGUCAACUUCCUGUAAGAGAGAACAAAAUCCGGGUUAAGUCAUAGGUCGCUCUGGUCGCCAUGUUGGUCAAUGAAAUUAGCUUCCAGCAUUGAGUAUCCGAUGGCAAUAUUGUAACGUUUAUCUUCGUCCUAUUACAUUUGUAACUACAUUUGUAUGGUUCUAAAAUGACGUAGGGAAUAUUAAACGAGCAGAGAGGACUCAUACCACGUUAUUGAGCAAACUUGCGUAACACUGUCACGCAAUGCACCAUGGAAGUGGGUCACAGAACAUUCAACGACAACUCCAGAGAUCCAAAUCUGUUAGUGGUGCAGAAGUUGAGGAUCAGCAGCAGCAAGCGACCAUGGCAGCGUCGCAGCAGCAAACUACAGUUACUCACCCUCAGUCUCCCGUGACCACGUUUUCUUCUGCUGCCAGCCCAUCGGCGCCUCAAUCUCCCAACUAUCAGAUAAUCAUGAGUCGCAGCCCAGUCACUGGUCAGAACAUGAACAUCACUUUACAAAACGUGGGACAGAUGGUGCCCGGCAACCAGCAGAUUACCCUAACCACGCUUCCCAUCCAAACCCCAGCGUCCCCUGGCUUCCAGCACACAACACCGCAAUGGAGGUUUGAGCACGGUCCAUCUUCCUACAUUCAGGUCGCGUCCCCCUUACCCCAACCCAUGCAGCCUCAAAGUCCUACCCAGCACAGCCCCGUUUCGCUGCAAGGCGUCACGAGGCCCGGGGCCCCCACACCUUCCCUUGCUGUGUGCGGACAGAGUCCGACGCGGUUUGUGGAAGCCGGUAUGUUAGUGCGGCAAAUCAGUUUAGGCAGUCCGUCGGUAAGUGGUCAUUUCGUACACCAGGACGGCACUGGGUUGGCCCAGAUUGCAGCCGGGACUGCUGGUCAAAUACAACUGUCUUCUCCAGCAGCAACAGGUUCCGUCAGGGAACGCCGUCUUUCUCAGCCUCACUCACAGACUGGAGGCACCAUUCACCACCUUGGACCUCAAAACCCCGUGGCUACCAGUACUGCUCUCUCUACUUUGGGCAGCCCUGGACACAUUACCACCUCUAACCUACCUCCACAGAUCAGCAGCAUCAUACAAGGACAGCUCGCACGCCCCGUGCUAUUUGAUAAGACUCCGCAGGGUGUAGUUACUGCAGUCGGAGCUACAUCCACAGCAUCUUUUACUCUACCUUCCACCAUCCCACCCUCCAGCCCCUCCCUCACUAGUCCGACGCAAACAAAUGCCAACAACCCUCUCGCAGCCACCAACACUGCGGCAGGCACCGUUAAAAAGCAGUUUCCCAAGAGGUUGGAGGAGAUUGCUCCUUCCACUCCAGAGAUUGCUCAGUUACGCAAACAAUGCUUGGACCACCACGCCAAGAGGAUGGAGAGUUUAAAGGAAGUGUUCAAAGAAUACCUUAUAGAACUCUUCUUCCUUCAGCAUCUCCAGGGAAAUAUGAUGGACUAUUUGGCUUUCAAAAAAAAGCCCUGUGUUCCCCUGUUUACCUACUUACGACAGAACGACUUGGACCUGGAAGAGGAUGAAGAGGAGGAGGAACAGUCCAAGGUCAUCAACGAUGAGGUAAAAGUUGUCACAGGAAAAGAUGGCCAAGCGGUGACGCCUGUUGCCAUAGCGACGCAGCUUCCUCCCAAUGUAUCGGCGGCUUUCUCUGCCCAGCAGCAGUUUCAGGGACUCCAAGGACCAGCUGGCACGGUUGCCAACCCCGCAGACAUGGAUGCCUUCAAGAGGCAACAGGCCCUAGUCCAAGCAGGCGGGAUGCCGCCUACACCUCAAGCGGUCCAGAUAGCAGGACAGAAGCAGAACCAACAACAAUACGACCCGUCCAAAGGACCUCCAGUGCAGAAUGCAGCUAGCUUACAUACGCCACCCCCUCAGCUGCCGGGCAGGUUGCCGCAAGGCGCUCUCCCCAUGACUGGCCUGUCAGUGCCACUGUCGCAGCAGCCUCAGAUUGUGGAGAGUACAGUCCAAGCAGGUUGUCAGCUCCAAGCACAGGUGAAAGUGCAGACCAGUGGCCCAAUCGUGACAUCAGUAAAUCCCCACACACAAUUCCAUGCUCAGCUUCAACAGCAGAUGCAAUCAGGUCUUCAUCUCCAGUUGCCUCCCCAGCAGCAACAGAGCCAGGCAAUGGUGCAGUCAGGACAAGCGGCGGUGACUCUCGGUCGUCCUCUUGGAGAGUCAACUCAACCAAUUCAAAGGCAUAUGACCAAUUCAACAUCAUUGGCCUCCGGGUCAUCUACUCUUCUCCCUACUUCGAACUGCGUUGCGACGCCUCAAGCAACGAGUCCUCUGCGUCCCCUCGCUGCCAACACAAACCCAAGCACCCAGGCCAAACUGACAGGUACCAACGCCAUCUCUGGAAUCAAAAUGAGUGGCUUUGGUCAAACUGUGACCGUACAGGCAGCAUCCCAGGAGACUUCCCAGGAUAAACAAGUCGAGCAAGCUAAACUGGAGACCCAAGUGCAUCAACGCAUCGCUGAGCUUCGAAAGGAUGGCCAGUGGUCACCCAGCAGGCUCCCCAAACUUGUGGAGGCCUCUCGUCCAAAGUCCCACUGGGACUACCUCCUGGAGGAGAUGCAGUGGUUGGCAGCUGACUUCGUCCAGGAGAGGAGAUGGAAAGAGGCUGCAGCAAAGAAGAUGGCGCGCACAUGUGCCCGUUACCAUCAAGAGCAGAAGAAAAGUGAAGAGCGAUCAAAGAAAGAGAAGGAACUUCAUCUUCGCCACAUUGCGAGCACAAUUGCCAGAGAGGUGGAAUUCUUUUGGUCAAACAUUGAGCAGGUUGUGGAAAUUAAACUUCACUUUGAAAUUAAUGAAAAGAGGAUCCGGGCACUUGGCUUUGAGAAGGCAUCAGUCAGAGCAGGUCAGUCUUUUGGAGAGACGGCUGAUAAAGAGGACUUUCAGAGUGUACAUAGAAAAAGAAAAUCAAAUUCACCUUUGAGUGUUGAAGCUGAUGAAGACAGCACAAUUGAGGAACAAGAGGUGAUGGAGGGAGAAGCAGAUCACAAAGCAGAGUUGGUUGAGCUUGCCAAAGAUGCUGAGUUGCCGCUAGAUGCUCUGAGGAAGCAAUAUGCUGGUGCCUACACGGAAGGCUUUGAGUGGCCUCUGCCGAGUCCACAAAGCAAUCUAGAUGAUGAAGAAGAAAUUGAAGGAAUAUCCUCUCCUGCAAGCAGUCCGCCUGAGGCAGUAGUCAUAGACUCUCUGCUUAUUGUGGACCAGUUUCGUACUCCUGAGAAGAUGUCGUGCAAUUCUGAUGGGAAACCUGCCAGAGACAUAUCUGAAGUGGCUGCAGCAACAGAGCUUCUUCUGCCGAAGGGCGCCUUCAAGACCACGUCCUCGACUCACAACCCUGCGCCACAUUUACUACACGGCUCGCUGCGAGAAUAUCAGCAAAUUGGGGUUGACUGGCUGGUAAACCUAUACAAAAAGCACCUCAAUGGUGUCCUGGCGGAUGAGACGGGCCUUGGCAAAACUGUACAAACGGUUGCUUACAUGGCCCACUUAGCUGGCCAAGAGGGUGUUUGGGGACCCCACCUCAUUGUCCUUAGGACGUGUAAAUUGCUUAACUGGGAGGUGGAGUUCAAACGCUGGUGUCCUGGCCUUAAAAUCCUCUUGUAUCUGGGAACCGAAAGGGAACGUAAAUUUCAGAGAACGAGAUGGCGGGAAGCAAAUAGCUUUCAUGUUUGUUUAACGUCAUACAAAGCGAUGAUGAAGGAUCGCAGCCAUUUUCUGAGGCAAAGAUGGAGACACCUGGUUCUAGAUGAGGUGCAGCUCCUCAAAAAUAUGACUGAAAAGCACUGGCAAACUAUAUUUGCUCUUCAGAGUGAGCAGCGGAUUCUCCUCAUCAGUACUCCACUACAGAAUACUCUAAAGGAACUAUGGACUAUGAUCCACUUCCUCAUGCCAGGAAUCACCAGGCCCUACUCUGACUUCCCUGUUAAGGCAGGCACAGACCAGAAUCAGGACUACUGCCACAAACUUGUCAUUCGUCUCCACAGGAUGAUUCAACCUUUCAUUCUGAGGCGCUCCAAAAGAGAAGUGGAAAAGCAGUUGCCAAAAAAGUACGAGCACAUCCUGAAGUGCCGCCUCUCCAGCAGACAGAAGAGCUUGUACGAGGACAUCCUUACUCAGCCUGGAGCUCAGGAGGCCCUGAAGACUGGCCACUUCGUCAGUGUGCUUCAGGUCUUGAUACAGUUGCAGCGCGUGUGUAACCACCCUGAUUUGGUUGUACCUCGAGAGACAACCAUCUCCUACUUCUGCUCGCCACUGCUAUAUAAUAUCCCAUCGCUUUUACUGGAUGCAGUGCAGAAUGACUCAAGCAAAGAUAGAAACAUGUACCUGUUUGACUUGAUCAAUAAUGAGAAUCGGUUGAGUCGAUAUCAGACUGAAGAAGCGAUUCCCAAACUGAAGGUCACACAACAGCUCAUAGAGGAGCUCUUCAGUGCUCCAGAAGCGCCACCACAUCCCAAGCCAUGUCCAAUCAAGCCAAUGAGAUUGUUCCAGCCAGUGCAAUAUGGGAUAAAGCCAGAAGGGCGACUGGUUACCAUUGCAAGUGCAGCAGGGCAAACUCCUCCGACAUGCUCUUCUGGAACGAUGAACUCUGGUUCCACUUCCAACUGCGGCCAGACGAGGGGAAAGUCGCCUGUAACCACUGCAGCUGCUACAGCAACUCAAGGAGGGGAUGCAGUGAAAAUUGCCCAGCUGGCCAACAUAGCUGGAAGUCAGAAUCGUAUUUCCCAGCCAGAGACUCCUGUCACUCUGCAAUUUCAAGGCAACAAGUUUACAUUGUCUCCCAGUCAGCUCCGCCAGCUCACUACCGGACAGCCUUUGCAGCUCCAAGGAAACAUUCUACAAAUUGUGUCAGCUCCUGGGCAGCAAAUCAUCAGGCCCCAGGGUUCUGUGGUUAUGCAAACGAUGGCACAAGCCGUCCCUAACUCCAACGCCUCCGCUUCACCCAAUGCACCUCAUCCAGCUCUGCCAACAGUCCAGCAAGGUGUUACGACCAAUGCCACAACAGCCUCUAACAAGCUCACUACUGCCUCCUCACAGGAGGCUUCCGAAGAAAAGACUCGGCAAGCAAAGCAGCGUUUGAGCCUUCUCUUUGAAGCAAACGAGCGACGCUGCAGCCGACGGGUUUUGUACGGGUCAGACUUGUUGCAGGCGUGCACUCUCAGCACAGAGCCUGGGCACUCCGCUCUCACUGCUGGAGGUUGGAUGUGGGUGGGUCGGGAGAGUUGCGUCAGGGCCCAGAACACCUGUGUGGAUACCACCUCUGCACUGCAGUCUACACUGCUCUCUGUUGAGAACCAAAUGCAGGCUACCAGCAGCCUUGCCAAAAGGCUGGUAUGUGUGAUGCCAACAGCUGUUGCACCACCUCCUCAGUUGUAUGCUGCCAAUCCACCCAUCCCUUACGCUAUUAAGCAAAAGUUAUUCCGCCGUGAGCUGCAGGAAUCCUUUGCUCCCUACUCUGCUGACAUACACCACUUAGUGGCCUGCCAUCGUUUCUAUUUCCCAGACCUUCAGCUGCUGCAGAUGGAUUCAGGCAAACUAGAAGCUCUGGCCAUUCUCCUUCAGAAGCUUAGGUCAGACAAUCGCCGUGUCCUCAUCUUCACUCAGAUGCUGAAGAUGCUUGACAUCCUGGAGGCAUUCCUCGAUUAUAGGCACCUCACUUUUGUGCGUGUGGAUGAAAGAUACACUUCAGAUGAGCGUCAGGAGACUAUAAGGACCUUUAACAGGAACAGGCAGAUUUUCUGUAGCAUCCUGACAAACCAUUGCUGCACUACAGUUGGAACAAUGCUGGACGCAGACGCCAUCAUAUUCUAUGACACAGACCUAAAUCCCAGCAUGGAUGCUCACACCCAGGAGUGGUGUGACAAAAUUGGGCGUGCUAAGGAUAUGCACAUUUACAGGUUAGAGAGUGGGAAUUCCAUUGAGGAGAAACUAUUGAAGAAUGGAACAAAGGACCUAAUCCGAGAGGUGGCUGCACAGGGCACUGAUUAUACUCUGGCUUUUCUCACACAACGGACAAUCCAGGAUUUGUUUGAGGUAGAGGCGGGCUCAGGGGAAAAGGUGGAAGAGUUUGUUGUCCUUCAUCAGGAGCCGUCAGCCUCUGAGACCAUCUCUCCAAAAGUGGCUCGACCCUACAUCCAAGCUCUAUAUAGCAUUAACUUGGAGGAUUCACAAGAAGCAGAUGGUGUGAAAAUGGAAGACAUAGAAGUAACAUUCGGGCAGUCUGAAUUGGCCGAUGAAGACCCAGAGAGCCAGACCAAAGAAGAACCUGGUGAGAUGGAGGAGUUGAAUGCAAUUAUGGAACAGCUUACACCAAUUGAAAGAUAUGCUCUGAACUACCUGGAGUACCUUCAUGUCAGUGACGACGAAACUGCUCUCAAGGAGCGAUUGGAGUGCUCUAAGAGAGGCUGGGAGCUGCAACAGCUGCAGAAACUCAAAGAAGAGGAGCAGGAACGGCAGGUGAUGGAGGGAGCUGAAGAGCUUUUCACCUACACGAGAGAGGAUGCCUACAACAUGGAGUAUGUAUUCGAUGCUGAGGAUGGGCAUACAGAAAUCAUGCCGGUUUGGACUCCACCCACACCACCACAGGAUGACAAUGAUAUUUAUAUCGACUCUGUAAUGUGUUUGAUGUAUGACACAACCCCCAUUCCUGAGGCCAAGCUCCCUCCUAUCUACAUCCGCAAGGAGCACAAGAGACUGAAACUGGACCCCUCAGCAGCAGCCAGAAAGAAAAAGAAGGGCCACGGGGAAACAGUCAUUCCGCCACGCUCCCUUUUCGAAAAGGCCAGCAUGCUGAAGGUUCGCAGGGAAGGGAAAGACCAGAAAAAGAACUUUUCCCUCAAGCAGCAGGCACCUUUCGCCAAGCCACUGCCGUCGCUGGUUAAACCCGCCAUGGAGGCUGGUCAGGACAACCCCGAGUGGCUCAUCAGUGAAGACUGGGCUCUCCUUCAGGCUGUGAAACAACUGCUGGAGCUGCCCUUGAAUCUGACAAUCGUGUCCCCCGCUCACACGCCCAAUUGGGAUCUGGUGAGCGAUGUGGUGAACUCCUGCAGCCGCAUAUACCGCUCUCCCAAGCAGUGCCGUAACCGCUACGAGAAUGUCAUCAUUCCCAGAGAAGAGGGCAAGUUGAUGUAUGAGGCAAACCCUAAGAAGAAAACAAAGAGCAUCUACAAGUCUAAGAAUAGCCGUCCUCUAAGGACUUCUCAGAUCUACACCCAAGAUGACAACGCCACUCAAGUCCAGCUCUUCAACAGCCGGUUUGAGCUCAUGAAAAUUAUAGCAAGCAAGAGGAGCCCACCCAUCAAACCGCUGCUAGGCAUGAAUCCAUUCCAGAAGAAUCCUAAACAUGCCUCUGUUUUGGCAGAAAGUGGGAUAAGCUAUGACAAGCCUCUCCCCCCUAUUCAGGUGGCAUCACAACGUGCUGAGAGGAUUGCUAAAGAGAAAAAGGCUCUGGCAGAACAACAGAAAGCUCAGCAGUUGGCACAGCAGCAGCAGGCUGGAGCUCCCCAGGCCCAGACUGCACCCAGCCAGGCCCAGACCACUUCUGCGACCCAAGUUCAGGUCCCGCAGACUGCCACGGCGGCUGGAGCCGCUGCUGUUCCUAAUGUGGCUGUUCUGGCUGGAGCUAUCAAAAACGCUACAGCAGGAACAACCAUCCAGGCUGCCGCUGUCGGAGGGAAUGCGAUUGUGAGCACGGUUGCUGGCGUGCCUCCAAGUCCGUUCCAGACCAACAAACGCCUGGCAUCCCCAGUCAUACCAGGCACCCUGUCUCCUGCCGGUCCUUCUGUUGGAGCGCAGGUGGUCCACGCUCAACAGAGAGCGGUUACAGCUGCCGCUGCUGCCCCGGCAGACGUUGUUGCCAUAGCAACGGGGCAGAGUGUCCGCGCAGUUACCCCGGUAACUGCAUCUGCUGCAGUUUCAACCACUCUGAGCCCAGUCCAAGCUCAGACUCGCCCACUUGUCACUCAAGUAACACCAGCUGCAGGUAUGCAGCUUGCACAAGGUAAGGCCCUCACCCCGGCCCACCUGCAGAUGCUUCGGCAGCAACAGCUUCAACAGCAGCAGCAGGCUGCUUCUCCUCAGAUCAAAGCCGUAAACAAACCACAGAUGCACAAACAUAAGCUUCAGCUGCAACAACAGCAACAGCAGGUCGCUGCGGCCGUGGCUGCAGCUGCAGCUCAGGGCCAGCAGGCUGCAGGAGCCCAGCAGGCGCAAGUGCAGCCGACCCAGGCGGCUCAAUCCAAUCCUCAGCUCGCAGCGGUGGCGGCGCCGAGACCGGGAUCUGUUUUGACAGGCACCACAGUGGCCAACCUGCAAGUGGCCAGACUGACCCGGGUUCCUGCCCAGGGUCAGAUUCAGACCCAGGCGAGCCAAACAGCCCAGAUGACCCUCACGAAACCUCCCGUCGUCUCCGUGCCUGCAGUGGUGUCAUCCGCCGGCGUCACCACGCUGCCGGUCACCGUAGCUGGCAUCAGCGUGGCAAUUGGCCAGGCCCAGAAAACGGGCGGUCCCGUGCUGACGCCGUCCUUCCCGCAGAUGCAGGUGCAGCAGCUGCUUCAGAUGAAGAAGCAGCAGCAACAGCAGGCGGCCGUACAGGCGGCUCAGCAGAAGGCGGGACAGCCGCAACAAGGACAGGCCGCAGCCCAGCAGAAGGUAAACAAGAUUGGCACGCAGCAGGUUACAGUUCAGGCUGCUCAGCCCGCUCAGCAGCAGCAGAAGGUGACCUACACGACCACCACCCAACUUCAAGCCGGCAUCAAGCCCCAGUUCUUUACAACGUCCAUUGCCCAGACCCAGAAACCCGCAGGACCUCAACAAAUCCAGGUGGCGAAGCUCCCGCAAAUAGUGCAACAGCAGCAGCCCACUGUGGCUAACAUUCAACAAAUUGUCUCGUCUCCACAGCAGGAGCAAAAAAUAUCCAGGAGUAUAUCCAAACCAGGAAACGCAAAGAUCCAAACGCAGCCCCAGACCGUGACGUUGACCACGUCGGCCCCCGCCCAGGUCCAGAUGAUUCCGGCCGGCGCUGCCGCCGCCGCCGCAGCUCAGGUGGUUCAGCAGAAGCUGAUCCAGCAACAGGUGGUUGCCGCGGCCGCCUCGCCGCAGAUCCAGACGCCGCCGCCCCGCAGCCCCGCCCAGCAAGAGGCCUCCGCGCCGCAGCCCGUUCAGUCCCAGCAGCCCGCCAAAGGUCAAGCCCGCCAGGGUGGUAUACGAGCCAAACCCCCUGCAAAGCCCGGCGGGGGCAACAGUUAGGGUGGUGAAUUCAAUCGGGUGUUUUCCUGCAGUUCCCACCGCAGAUGGUACACAAGUGGUCUUUGGAGCGGGCCCCCCCCCCUCCCCCCCCUCCCCCCCUCCCACCAAUAACAGCAGUCCAUACAGAAAGACCCGUUGGUCAGCACAAAUGUUCCAAUGUCGAAAUCUCAAUUUGUCAGGAAACCCACCCUGGUGGGAUUCUAACUCCUUUGUUCAUUUGUUGAAUGUUUCAAUCCAAGAAGAUAAAAUACCCUUACUAAAAAUGACCCCCCCCCCCCCCCAACUUCAUUUCCAACAGAACUCAGUGAUCACCUGGCCUUCAACCAGACAAAAUAUCUGAGGUGUGUUGAUUUGGAGCCGGCCAAUAUGUGUAUUCUUCAUCGUCCCUUGCAUGUCAAAUUCCUUUGUCGUGUUUAGAUACUGAUUGGAGAGUAGUGCACGUUCCUUUACUUUUUUGUUGUUGUUUUGGGCUUGUUUUUUUUGUUUUGUUUAGUUUUUUUAUUCCAAGAAAUACACUGUAAACAUGUCUGUUAGUACUUUGGGUGUCUUUUUUUUUUUUUUACUUGUCAAAGAAAAUGUAAAUAUCAGUGAAAAAAAAAAAAACAUUUGUACUUGUAAAGUAGUUGUGUUUUCAUUGUUUUUUCUUUUUCCAGCCUAAUUGUAAUAAAGUGCUUUGUUUUUAUA